UUGAAUCCUUUUAUAUAAAUGCACAUCAUGAGUGCCAACAUAAUGCUGUUUGGGGAUCAUCUUCAGUAUUACUGUUAAAAGGGCUCAACAGCGGGGCAGUGCUGCGGCGGUGCUGGUGGCUGAGACAUAGCGGCGACGGCAGCUGCAGUUCGAGAGAGUAAGUGUGUUUUGUUUAUAUAUGAUCAUGGCCCCAGUGGGAUUGCCUCCAGGUUUCAGGUUCCAUCCCACUGAUGAAGAGCUGGUCAACUAUUAUCUCAAGAGGAAAAUUCAUGGCCAAGAAAUCGAGCUCGAUAUCAUCCCUGAAGUUGAUCUUUACAAAUGUGAGCCUUGGGAAUUAGCAGAGAAAUCUUUCCUGCCUAGUAGGGAUCCAGAGUGGUACUUUUUUGGGCCGAGGGACCGUAAGUACCCGAACGGAUUCAGGACGAACAGGGCAACCCGGGCCGGGUACUGGAAGUCAACAGGGAAAGACAGGAGGGUGACUAGUCAGAAUCGCGCCAUUGGAAUGAAGAAAACUCUGGUGUACUAUAGGGGAAGGGCACCUCAGGGAAUAAGAACUGAUUGGGUCAUGCAUGAGUAUCGGCUGGAUGACAAAGACUCCGACGACACUUCUGGUAUCCAGGUAGAUUCCUAUGCAUUGUGUCGCGUUUUCAAGAAAAAUGGGCUGUGCACCGAGGUGGAAGAUCAAGGGCAGUCGAGCAAUAUAUCGUUGCUCGAUUACACUCAAGGGGUUGCCCACGAGCACGAAACAAUGUCGCCCGACUUCCCCUUGGCAUCAUCUUCCAACAUUUGUAUGGAAGAUCAAGAAGACAAAGAUGACAAGGACGAAUCAUGGAUGCAGUUCAUUACAGAUGAUGUUUGGUGUUCAUCCAGCACAGCUUUUGGUGGUGAAGAGGUGUCUCAACUGGCAUUCACAGACUAAUAAAAAGACAAGGGACUAAUCAUUAUCAAAGGCUGAUUAAUAUUAAUAACAUCAAAUAUAUAUAUAUAUAAAUACAUGGGGUAUCAUUUAAUUUAAGGAUUAAUGUCUUGUUUAUGCAUUACUCUGAUCAUCAUCAAUAUCUCUAAUUGUACUUAGAUUUUCAAUCUUUUUCUUUUUAUUUAUUGUUCUUGGUGAUGUAUUUCUGUACAGCCAGGUUAUGUUUAUGGCUCUGCAGAUUUGGUUUUGGGCCUCUUUAUUGAGGUUUCUUUAUUGGGUUUGACUAGUGGAAUAAAGGGCUUUUAUUCCCUUCAGUGGGAGUUUAAUUGUUGUGGCCUCAUUACUAGUUGGUUGUUCCUCUUUAAGACAAGAUUGUGUUCAUUACUGUGUUGACCAAACUUAGUCUUCAAUUUACAACAAAUUCUGGGAAAAUUGCAUUUUGUAACAUGUUGUCUGGGUAGGGGUCCAUAUUCUCAAACACUCUGAUUUCAGCUGUCACUUCUCAUUUGUCCAAGAAGUCUACAACUACUAAAGUUCUGAUCCGAAGUCUACAGAGUGAGAUAAAUAAUGGUUAAAGCUUAGUCUGAUAGAUAACCAAAUCGAGUUUGAAUGGACUUUACUGAAUCAACUCAAGUAUUUUGAUUUUUUUCAUAUAUUUUUAUCAGU